AUGAAUCGGUUAACUAUAUAUAGAUAUAGACCUUGUCCAAGAUGUGGCGAUACAUUCGCAACAAACCAAAAAUUCAAGUAUCAAUUAACUGAAAGAAAGCACCCUUGUGCACCUCGAAAUAUAUUACAAGCAACUGUGCCAGUUUCUAGCUCUGAACCCUUGUCUAAUUUAGAUUCGCAAUUUCAAGUAGUAAAAGAUCCCAAUGCUAGAAAAUCAGGCGAGUCUGUUAAACAAUGGGGAUCGAGAUUACGAAAAAAAGUCAAAGAAUUAGGUGACAAGGAUCGUG